AUGUUUUCUAGUUUCAAGCAUUCAUUAUUAUCAACAUUCUCAAACAAUAAUAAUAAUACUGAAACUAAUAAUAAUAAUAAUAAUAAUGAAACAACAAUAGCAACUGAUCAACAACAAAAUAAUAUCAAUAAUAUCAAUAAUGUAAAUGAAACAACUAAUAUAAAUACAAAUGAUGGUGGUACUACUACUACUACUACUACUACUACUACUGGAUUGAACAAAUUAAAUGUUGCAGCAACUACAGAUACAUUUAAAAAGAUUGGAUCUAAAUUUAGUUUAUUUGCAAGUAAUGUUAUGACAAAGAUUGAUGAAGAAAGAAAGAAAUUAUUAGAAGAAUCAGAAGAUCAAAACAAACAAUCAAAUGAUGAUGAAUUAUUAUUGCCACCAUGGAUGGAUUUUGAAUUGGAUGACAAGGAAUCGGAGAAACAAAUCAUUGAUAGAAUAUUGGAUCUUAAAAUGAGCAAAAAAACAUUUAUGAAUUCUCCUCCAAUCGAUUCAGAUUAUACUCAAGAGUUUGAUGAUUUCUUGAUUGCAAUUGCAAAAUCAACUUUAAAAUAUGACAAGAAUAUGGAAAGAGUUAGAUUCCUUUUAGUUCCAAGAUUUAUAUCAGAAGAACAAUUUUGGAAAAAUUGGUAUUAUAGAGUAAUGGAAGUUAGAAAGGAAUAUAAUAUAAUAUCAAACAAAAAGAAAUUACCUCCACCACCACCACCUCCACAAUCACAACCUUUAUCUUUGUCAACCAAUAAUAAUAAUAAUAAUAAUAGUGAUCAAUCUGUAAAUAAGAAAAUAACUACAACAACUAUCACAAAUAAUGAUCAUGAAGAUGAUAGUGAAAUUGGAAGAUGGGAAAAAGAAUUACAAAAAGAAUUGAAUGGUUUGAAAAUUGAAGAAUCAGAUAUCAUUAUGGAUUUAUCAAUCAAUUCAAAUUUAAUAAUAGAUGAUGAUGUAGUAGAUGACGACGAUGAUGAUAAUCAACAAGAUCAUACUCAACAACAAUCGACAACCUAUGAUAGUGAUGAAGACUUGGAUAAAGAAUUGGAAAAGGAAUUAGAACUUUUAAAAGAACAAGAUAAAUUAAAACAAUCGAGUAACAGUAAUUUAAAGAAUAGUACAACUUCUGCAGGAGGAGGUCCAGAGGAGGAAGAAGGAAAAGAAGAAGAGGAAGAGGAAGAUGAACUUUUAAAAGAAAUUGAAAAUGAAUAUCAAUCAUCAAGUAAUAUUUCAUCACCCUAUUGGCCUUUUUUACAAAUGCAUUUGGAAACUUCUGAUCAUCAACAGUCAUCUCAAGCAAUGGCAACUGUGGUAGUUAAUAAUAAUAAUGGUGGUCAUCAUCACCAUCACCAUCAUCAUAAUCAUGAUACAAACUCUAUGACUACCUCCUCACCUUCACUUGCAUCUCCGCCAAGUCAAGCCAAGACAAAUGCAUUGUUGGACUUGAUUCUUCAUGAAGCCCAUACUUGCAUUCUCAGACAGUCCGUCAAUUUAGUAAAUGAACGAAGGGUAGUAAGAUAUGAUGACGACGAAGAUGAAGAUGAAGAUGAAGAUGCUUGGAGUGACACUGAUUGGGAAUUGGGUUAUGACCAUCACCAUCCACAAAUAAAAAAACAAGAACCAUCUCAACAACCAGAAAUAACAAAUAUGAAAACUACUAUAUCAACAACUACAAAUAAUAAUAGUAUUACAAUAAGUAGUAGUAGUAGUACUACUACUACUACUACUACGAAUAAUAAUAAUAAUAAUAAUAAUAAUUAUUAUAUUAAUAUAUAUGAUAGAGGUACAAGAUUUGAAGAAUUAUUAAAAAAUAGAAGACAACAAUUAAAUCAUGUACAAACAACGACUGUUACAACGAUUGCCGAUAUUGAUGGAUAUCAACAAGAAGAUCAAUAUGGAUUGGUUCAAUUAUUUUCUGAUGAUAAUCCAAUCUAUGUUGUUGGACAACAAGAACCACCAAUAUUGGUCAACAAUAAUGUUCCACCACCAGUGGUUAGAUGGAGAAAUAGAGUGGCACCGGUUCAAAGAGGAUCUGGAAUCAUCAAGACGGGAAACAAAGAAUCUUUCGAAUGUCCUAUUUGUUUGGACGAGGUAUACAACACCUUUGAAUUCUCAUGUCUGCAUAAAUAUUGUUUGGAAUGUGCCAAACAACAUUUGACCGAAGAGGUUUGGAAGCAUAAAGGAAAAUCUUUAAAUUGUCCAAAUCCAUCUUGUAGAUUAAGAAUGACAAAUACAACUAUUCUUGUUAAAAUAUUAGAUCCACAUGUAUAUAAAAAAUAUGAAUUAUUUAGAUCGAUUAUUGACAAGUCAAUACAAAUUGGUAGUACUAUAGUUUUUUGUUUAAACUGUAGUAAUCCAUUGGUACGUGAAGAGAAAAAGGAAAAGGAAAAAGAAAAGGAAAAGGAAUCGUCAAAGAAACCAAAUUUUAUGGUAUGUGACAAUUUGGAAUGUGGUGCCAUGAUUUGUCCAGAUUGCAUUACCUUUGCUCAUCCCGAAGAGACUUGUGAUGAACACCAAAAAAAGAUAAAAGAAAGUUUAACCGAAGACGAUCUCAAAACACUCAAAUACAUUGAAGAGUGUCAAAUGAAACCUUGUCCAAAAUGUGGUAUCUUGACAAUUAAAGAUCAAGGUUGUGAAUAUGUUUGUUGUGGUACUUGUGGUCAUCAAUUUUGUUAUUAUUGUUUAGAUCCACAUGAUCAUAAUAUGACAACACAUAUUCAUGGACCAAGAUUUCAAAAACCAAUUGGUCAGCCAUACUAUGACUACAUUUAUAAUAAUGGAAAUAAUAGAAGACAUCGAGGUCGAAGAAUAGCCAAAAAGAUUGGGUUGGGUAUAUUGAUUGGAGUAGGUUGUGUGGUUGUUGCACCACCAGCCAUUGUAUUGGGUGCUAUUCCAUUUGGCAUUCACCUAGCAUACAAACACUACAAGAACAAAUCGGGUAUGAAGAAAAUUAGAAAGAUGGUUCCCAUCAGAGUUGAUAAUCCAAAACCAUUAGAUGCACCAAUUGAUGAACCAAUAGAAGAAUUAUUAGAAGAAGAAUUAGAAGUAGAAGAUGAAGUAGUAGUAGUAGUAGAAGAAGAUCCGGUUGAACUAGUCGUUCCACCAGUUCUCAUGGCACCACCUCUUCCACCUCCUCCACCUCCACUUUACCGACCACAAGGAUUACCUCCUAUUACCAUUCGAUAA